UAGUUUAUUGUUACAUAUGAAUUGUAGCACAGACACGAACCAUGUAUCGUUACCGAGCAUAACGGGCAUAGUUUCCACUUUCUCAUCCACUUUCUUAGGCGGCGCAUCAGGACAAUAUGCCCGUUAAAGCAAGGUGGCCGCUCUCAGGAGGUAAUAACUAUGAACCAUUACCAAGUACAUCUACCCACAAUGCUAUGGAAGACGAAAAUGAAAAAAUGACAGAAGAAUUAAAGCACAAAAUUCAUGCUUUAAAAUCUUUGUCUAUUGACAUUGGUACAGAAGUAAAAUAUCAAGAUAAAUUCUUGAGAAACAUGGAUGAUGAUUUUGAAAAAACAAGUGGGUCCUUAUCAGGUUCCGUUGCACGUGUUUUGCGUCUAGCAAAAGCAGGUCACAAUUAUUAUAUCCUAUACUUAUUUCUUUUUUCUAUAGCAGUAUUUUUUAUAUUGUGGACAGUUUUGAAAUUUAAAUGAUUAUUUGUAAAAUUUAUAACUACGGUGAAAUGUAUAUAAGGUAUAAUUAAGUCAAAAUUUUAAAUCAGUAAAAUAGCAGAUUUAUCUUUGUGAAUUACAUGAAAAAAUUUAUUUU